AUGUCAACAGAUGGAAAUUACUUAGCUCUUGGUUCACGAGAUAAUGUUAUUUAUGUAUAUAAUGUGUUAGAACGUGGCUACAAAUAUAAUCGUGUUGGACGAUGCUGCGGUUAUAGUAAUUUUAUCCUGCAUAUUGAUUGGUCUGUAGAUGGGCGAUUUUUACGUUCUGUAUCAGGAGAUUAUGAAAUACUGUUCUGGACUGCAUUUGAUUGUAGACAAGUUGUCCCACCUUGUACACUACGUGAUUUAGAAUGGGCUAGUCAAACAUGUACACUUGGUUGUGAAGUAGCUGGAAUUUGGCCAUCUGAUUCAGAUGGUACUGGUGUUAAUGGUUGUGAUCAUAGUCCAACUGCUGAUAUUUUAGCUACUGGAGAUGAUUAUGGAAAAGUUAAACUAUGCAAAUAUCCAACUAAUAAACCAAAGGCUGAAUUUCGUGCUUAUAAUGGUCAUUCAAGUCAUGUGACAAAUGUAACAUAUUUCUAUGAUGGAUCUAGAUUAUUAUCAACUGGGGGCAAAGAUACAGCUGUAUUACAAUGGGACGUAUGCAUUUGA